AAUUAUCUUUGCCCGUACAAUACUUAUUGGAACGAAAGGUCAAAAAUGUGGCGGAAAACAGGAUGGUCAGUUAAUCAUCAUCAAUCAUAUGUGAUCAGCCAAAAUGAAAUUUGAAUUUGCUAACGGUGACUGUGUUGCCAUAAUCACGUUCUUUUGUCGAGAGUAAAAAUCGCACGCCACACACAUGUGUGUUCAAAAAAACGCCAGCGAGAUACUUGGAAAACUAUGCUGGUUUUUCCGAGGCAAACAUCACUCAGACUGUCGUUGGUCUUGGGUUGUGUGUAUCUCCUCAGCGAUUUGCGGUGCUAUUAACACCGGAUUUGUUCUUAGUUUCGGCGUACUAUUCCCUGAAUUGAUGGAACAUUUUGAUGAGUCAAGGGAAAAAACUGGUGAGUAAUAUGUUUUUAUUCUUUAGAACACAUAAAAAUAAUAUCCUUAAGUUCUCAUGAACACGUUACAUUAACAUGAAUUACGAGACAGUCAAAACAAAAACGAAACGGAAAAAAGAGAUAAGAUUGUGUUGCCGAACCCGCAGAUAUUUGCGACAAAUCUCUUCGACCAUGAAUUUUUGAACCAUUGCAAUGCUGCAUUCAUUUCAAUCAGUAAUUUCCACCAGAUUUCUCGAUUUUACCAUCAACACGUCUUAAGGUAAACGUGAAAUAAAUAAGGGUAUGUUGAGCGUGAUAUGUGUGUUAGAUAACAAGUUGUCAGUCAGACGUCCAAGAGACUGGAUAUAAAAUUAGGUAGAAAUUAGUCUUUUUCUUUCGAUUCAGCGCUAGAGUUUUAAUUGCGACUAGUGAGUUUUGAAUUGCCGUAUUCUACGUCGAGUUCGAUGAGUGCUUUGUGGAAUACUGUCUUAAAGAGUGAGAACACGUUACGAGAGACAUGCGAUCGGUGACAUAAAAAGAAAUCGGCUUGGACGCACUAGUUGCAAUAACAUUGUCAAGGAAGAAGGGGAAAAAGAGCCCACUCGAUCUGAUUUAAUGUGGUAGUAAAUAAGCUAUUUAAAAAAAAAAAAGAAGAGAUGAAAACGAUACACGAAAACAGUGAUCGACCGAAAGGAUCGAGGGUACUUUAACCGAACAGUAAUACUAUUAGUAUUAGUGGAAUACCUUGAUCUGAUAUUUUUCUUAUUCAUUGACUGUUUCUCAGUUAACAAUAAUUUCAUCCUUGUAAUUUAUUCAUUUAAUUCUAACCCAAUCUAUUAUUCAAAGUGGUUUCCGUUCGUCUCUAACUUGCACUUGACUCUGCUUGUCCGAGGUCAUGCAUCUUCCUUGUGUUCUUUGUUAACGGACAAAAUGAGAUGAUCAGACACGUGCAGUACAUGCCCAAAGGCUAAUUUCCCAUUGCUACAUCAUUCGCGUUUGGUAUGGUGGCCCACAACUGUCACGGCAAAACCAAAAACCUCACAGCAAAAACAAAAUACCUCACGGCAAAACCAAAAACCUCACGGCAAAAACAAAAUAAUACACACAAUUCUAACUACAAGAGAAAUAAUUAGACUCAUUUUACAACGUCCCUAGAUGAAUUUAUAUUGGUCCUCCUUUAAAACCACGUGGGUGUUUGUUAGGGUGACCUCGUCAAUUUCGUUUUACCGACGUGUAAAUCACUGAGCGAUUUGCAGUCACGGAUUUAUGGUUUUAUCAUCAAACAUGAGGAAAUUGUUGAAGGUCUUCUAAGCUGUGCCGAUAUAACGUCAUCCGUAAACAAGAUUUUCAAUCAUCCUUAAAAUAACGUCAACUUUCUUUUCAGCUGGCCUCGGUUCGCUAACCUUGGGCAUGGCAUGGUUGGCCAGUCCGCUGCCUGGCUAUCUCUGCGAUCGUUUUGGCUGUCGUAUCACAAACUUUCUGGGAGCAACGUUGUGCAUGACCGGUUUGGUGGUAUCGUCAUUUGCUAAGAGCCUCACUCACAUGUACUUCACCCAAGGCCUGAUAAUUGGCUUAGGAAUAUGUUUUAUCUACAACUCCUGCUAUCUUGUAAUCGCACAGUACUUUAAAAAGAGGUUGUCCAUGGCAACUGGUAUUGUAGCUUUAGGGGAAAGCACUGGCGUCUUUUUCACAGGUCCAUUGCUUCAAUUUCUUUUGGAUUCAUUUGGAUGGAGAGGCACUUACAGGAUCAUGGUCGUGGCUUUCGCCCUUGUCUGCCUCCUGGGCUUGACUUACAACCCAAACAUACAGUUUCAAGAAACAACGGGUCACAAUAUAGAAAACAAAAAUGAGAACCAAGACAAUGAGAGAAACAGCAUUUCUCUUUACUGCAGCGUGUGGAAAAUUCCUACUUUCGUUGUGGUUACCAUUUCUUUUAUGGUUACAGCAUUUGCGAUAUACAUUCCAUUAAUAUAUCUGGUAAGUCUUUUUUACAUAAUAAUUGGAGUUAAAAAACAUUCAUAGGGUGGUACAAUGGGGUAAUUGUCGCCCAAAGCCUCACUGAUUUUUUCUGCGACGAGCUCUAUCAGAUGAUUAGUAGGAUCAGUUUAGAAUCACAUUUACUGCAAACUGCCAACUGACGCGUUGGACGCUGUUCGAGCAAAUCACACGAAGUAGAGAAUGUAAAAAGAGUCUUCUUUUACUUUUUCGUCUUCACUUCUUAAAUUUUCCUUACAGCAUUCUGCUGCUCAAAGCUUGCUACUACUAGUCACUGCUCCUCCUUACCGUGUACACCGUAAUUUUUAGGGAGUUAUUAUAACUCCAAAAAUGGAGUAAAGAUUUUAGAUACAGGACAAUCCCUUUUGGGGGGUUACUUUAACUCUUAAUUUAACUCCGAAUUUGGCGUCAUUUUCACUCCUGAAAAAAAAGUUCUUUUUACUCCCAGUCUGGAGUUAAAAUAACUCCGAAAUGGGGUUACUUUUACUCCUUACAUGGGGUGUUUCUAAAGUUUAGGUACAGGAUAACUCCUUUUUUGAGGGUAUUUUAACUCCUCAGGGGUCACUUUUACUCCUAAAAAAGAGUUCUUUAAACUCCUUUUUGGAGAAUUUUUUGGAAUAACUCCCCAAAGAAUAACUCCACUGUAAGGAGUUAAUUUAGCCCCACUAGCCACACUUGAAAAUUACUGUGUAACAAGCCGUAUUCGUAACUUUGCUCCCUUGUUCGAUUUCUGAUACGUCAACAACUCGCGAUCGUGGGUAAAUACCAUACCGUAAACGUGCACCUUCCAUGAAGUAGUUUAUAAUACUGAAUAUACUUAAUUGGUUUGAUUCUUUUUAUAGGUGAAGUAUUCAGAGGAUAAUGGAAUAAGUGCCCAGGCUGCUUCUCGCUUAUUUAUUUUUAUUGGACUUGCUUCAUCUCUUGCAAGGAUCAUAACAGGAAAGUUGUGCAACAACAAGAAAGUAAAUUCCAUCUUUACUUAUCAGGCAUCCAUGCUAUUGGCUGCUCUUUCCGUAUUUUUGCUUCAGCUUGCUGCCACAAAAUACUGGUUGUUAAUAGUCUUCAGCUUUAUCUAUGGCUUCAGUGAUGGAAUUUUCAUGACAUCAGCUGUGUAUACUCAGCUAACAUGCGUGGACGCUAAAAGGGUAACAGCGUCCUUCUGUACUAGCAACGUACUUUAUUCAAUAGCUGCAGCUGCUGGUAGCCCCAUUGCUGGUGAGUAAAUAUCUGUAAUGAGUCUUUUUGGCUUGUAUGUUCUCUUUCCCCCAAUUCAGGUGACCUGAUGUUCUCAAGGGAAUCUGAACUUAUGUCUUUUUAAGCCUCGAGCAAAUGGACGACGCAACAUUGUUGGCCAACAACUCCCAACAAUAACUACCAACAAUAUUUCGUCCUUUUGUACAGGGCUUUAGUUCUCUGUUCAUGAUCAUAAUUAUGCUCGUUGACAGGACGAAAUUUGAAAUAAACGGGAAUGUGGGGUAACAUCACAUGGUCUGAAAAAGGAAAACAAAGCAUUCGAAACAGUCUAAUGUAAUGAUCUAAAUAGUUGCCUGCUACGAUUAAUGUCUUGUCAGACUGUUGUUCAACGGACCCUAUUCAAUAGGCGACUAUGAGCCUCACGAGGUCCCAGGGUGAUCCCUUAGUAACAGGUGCGGGGUACGGGAUGCUCGUCAGAAAACCCUACAAACAAAAACCCUAAACGAGACUUUUUGACCCCUAAAAAAGGCAAAAGUAUUAAAAACUGGCAACCAAUUCGUGCAACCAGCUACGAGCUGUAGUGAUUUAAUUAUUGCGCGAAAGACAGUACACGGCGUUUGUAUAUAUUUCCCUCCACAUUCUCCUGAGUAAUACCUUUCCGUUCUAGCAAUUUACACCCUUCUAGCUGGCGAGAAGAGGAGCCUCUUCGUCUCUUUUAUAAGGGUGUACCCCGGAAAGCUAAUGACAUUUGUUUUGCUCGCUUACAUACUCUUCCCGAGAUAUUGGCGUAAUUAAAACAUAUAUCACAAAAUCCCAAAAAUAGGCGCUUCCAUUUACAGCCAAAUGCAAAAUAAGGUUCCCAAUAUAAUACGCCCUUAGAUUAAUUUACCUAAUUUGUGGCAAAAGCAACUCUGAUUGCCAUUUCUUUUGAACAGGUUUAAUAGUGGACAACACAGGAAGUUAUGUUUACUCAUUCUACAUGACUGGUGGUGUUCUUCUCGUCGCAUUUCUUGUUCCAAUGGUUUUGAUUCCUAUCAAUCAUAGAAGUAUCAGAGUUCUUCCUCAGGGCCACGUCAAUAACGAUAAACAAAUGGUUACAGAAGGAACGGAAGGGAUUAAGACUCAGGGUCAAACCCAUCAAGAAGAAAUCCCUAUCUAG